AUGUCGUCCACCGCCCAACAAUUACCUAUCCACCAUGAACGGAAACCCCAACCCUUCAAACGCCACCAUAAUGCCAGCUACUACGUCCAUCGAGUCACCGACAGCCUGACUACUCGGAUUUCUAAGGUUAUCUGUGGCAUCUUUUUAACCCUUCUAUUCAUUGUUGGCGUUGCUGCCUUCAUAACAUGGCUCAGUUUACGCCCUCAUCGCCCACGGAUCCACGUCGUGGAUUUUUCGAUUCCGGGUUUGGAUCAACCAACCGGGUUCGAAAAUGCUGAGAUAAUUUUCAAUGUCACAGCUCGGAACUCAAACCAAGCAAUCGGGUAUUUUUAUGAUUCGGUGGAAGCCUUUGUUUAUUAUAGAAAUCAAGCAAUUGGGUCGACACGUUUAGUGGACUCAUUUUAUCAGGAGCCCAAAAAUACAACCAUUUUUUACAGGGUGUUGAGUGGGGCCACCCUGAAUAUGAAUAGUGACCGUUGGAUGGCGUUUAGGAAUGAUCGUGCGCUUGGAACGGUUAUCUUCCGUUUAGAUGUAACGGCCAUGAUUCGAUUUAAGGUGUCCACGUGGGAUAGUAAGCGCCAUCGGAUGCACUCCAGUUGUGAUAUUGGUGUUGCCACCGAUGGGUCCAUCUUGCCAACGUAUAAAAAUAAGAGAUGUCCUGUAUAUUUCACUUGA